CUCUCUCUCUCUCUCUCUCUCUCUCUUUCUCUCUGCGGAGGUGGUCGCAUCCAUCCAACCUCCUCCAUCUCUUCUCCUUUACCUCUGUUGAUAAAUUAAUCUAUCUUUCUCUCCUACCGUCUCCAUCUUUGCCUCGCUUCUUUUCCCUUACGAUCCUCUCUGGGGGAGCCAUGGAGCAAUUUUCCCAGCUGGGAGGCAGACCCAGAGGUGGGGGCUUCAUAUACGCGUCCUCCUCCGUGGCCACAGCCUCAACCACCACCACCACCACGCCCCCAACUACCGGUUUGGCUGCACCCCCCAUCACUGCCUCCAUGUCCAUCUACAGUGGCCCAAACCCAAACGCAAACACUCUCCCCCGCCUUCACCCUCCCAAGCCCGAGGGCUCGUCGUCCUCCUCCUCCCACCAUUACCCCUUCGCCCGACCCACCGACGUGGACGCCAUGAAGGCCCGGAUCAUCUCACACCCCCACUAUUCCAACCUCCUCAAAGCCUAUAUGGACUGCCAAAAGGUGGGAGCCCCGCCGGAGGUGGCAGACCGGCUGUUGGCGGUGGCGAGGGAGUUCGAAGCGAGGCAGCGGGCCGGGGUAGGCUGCCGGGACCCUCCGGCCGACCCGGAGCUCGACCAAUUCAUGGAGGCGUUCUACCAUUUGCUCGUGAAGUAUAGGGAGGAGAUCACGAGGCCGUUGCAGGAGUCUAUGGAUUUUCUCAGGAGGGUCGAGUCGCAGCUCAACUCCCUAACCAAUGGAUCCUUCCACAUCCUCUCCUCUGAUGAGAAACGUGGAGUUUGUUCCUCUGAAGAGGACCAAGAAGCCAGUGGGGGAGGAACUGAGCUUCCUGAGAUUGAUCCCUGCACCGAAGAUGCAGAACUGAAGCACCACCUUCUGAAGAAGUACAGUGGGUACCUUAGCAGCCUUAGGCAAGAGCUGUCCAAGAAGAAGAAGAAAGGGAAACUUCCGAAGGAAGCCCGGCAGAAGCUGCUCGGUUGGUGGGAGCUGCAUUAUAAGUGGCCAUAUCCAUCAGAGACAGAGAAGGUGGCCUUGGCUGAAUCAACGGGCCUUGAUCAGAAACAGAUCAACAACUGGUUCAUAAACCAAAGGAAGCGGCAUUGGAAGCCAUCAGAAGAUAUGCAAUUUGUUGUGAUGGAUGGUUACCAUCCACAGAAUGCCGCUGCUCUGUACAUGGACGGGCACUUCAUGGGUGACGGCUUAUACCGUCUGGGCCCAUGACCCGGUCUCGGCAUUACCUGUGGCUGAGUUGCGAGUGUCUGGAGUUCUGUUUGCUGAGGAAAUGGAAGUGUACGCUAAUGCUUGGGGUUGGCAAGGAAAUAUCAUGAUUCUUGCAAAUGCCCAUCAUCUUUUUACAGCCUUUAUUUGGGUGAUAUAAGUAUUUAUGCUGCUUGUAGUGGUUAUUGAUGUUACUACGCUGUUAAAUUCUAUUAAGAUUAUUGGUCUAAAAAUCUAUUAUUAUCAA